AUGUUUGCUUCCAACCUCCUUCGUUCAGCCCUCCUCAUCGCAUCCCUCCUCCCUGCUGUAAGAAGUGAAGUCUUUGAUGUUGUCGUCGGUGGCCCUGCGGGCCUGAAGUACGACCCCGAGUUUGUUACGGCUGCGCCAGGAGACCAAGUCCGCUUCAUUUUCCGAGCAAAAAACCACACCGCCACUCAGUCGUCUUUUGCUGACCCUAUUCCUGUCGCGGCUGAUGUUACGGACGGGUUCCCCAUAGCCCAGCUCGAUAUCACUAGCAACGACCCGAUCUGGGUCUACUGUCGGCAAGGAAAUCACUGUGCCCAGGGCAUGGUGUUCGCUAUCAAUCCCGGUGACCGAUUUGAAGCCUUCAAGGCCAACGCCGUCGGUGGUGCUGCCCCCGCUGAUCCCACCGGUGCUUCCUCGACUGCUCCCUCCGCCACCUCCUCCGGCACUCCCACACCCACCGGCACUGGAACGGACCACAAAGUCCUAGUUGGUGACGGUGGAAGUCUCGCAUUCAGCCCGGCAAAUAUUACCGCUCAGGUCGGAGAUACCAUCACAUUUGAGUUCAGAUCCAAGAACCAUACUGUGACUGCCAGCUCAUUCGAUCAGCCUUGCGUCCCCCUCUCCCAGACCAACCCGCUUUCCGGUUUUGACUCCGGCUAUAUUCCUGUCGCUGCUGGCGAGACCAAUUUCCAGACGUUCACUAUCCGUGUGAAUGACACCAGGCCAAUCUGGGCUUACUGCGCUCAAGGCCAACAUUGCGCCAACGGUAUGGUCUUCGCGGCCAACGCUGUCGAGGAUGGCCCCAGGAACUUCGAAGCAUUCAAGGCGCUUGCCACUGGCGCUGCUCCACCGUCUCAGGAAGACGCUGGCUCCGCCUUCUCGACGCGCUCGUCGCUGCUCGGUGCCAGUGCUGCCGCCCUGGCUCUCCUCGUCUCGACACUCGUUCUCUGA